AUGACUUGUAUAGACGAAUCCUCAUCAUCAGCAUCCUCAUCAUCCUCAUCAUCAUCAUCCAUCAGUCAUGACGAGAUUGAUACAAGAGACAUCUUUCUGACGUCAGACGAGCGCUUUGAUGUUUGGAACGUAAAGCAAGAAGAACGACCUCAUUUGUUGCAAUACUCUUGUGAUAAUGGCAAUGACAAUGGCAAUGAUGAUGCUCAUGCCAAUGACAAUGAUGCUGAUGAUGAUUCUACACAUACUUCCCUCAAGAAAAAAGAAAUCAGAAACAAAGAUGAAGACGGCGAUGACGAUGGUGAACAUGACAAUAGUGAUGAUGAAACAAACGACGAUAAUAGUCUACUGCCACUCCUGCCACUCCCAUUAUUGGAUGGAUGUGACCUUCCCGGUUGGAGAAAGGAAGGACUGAUUUUAUCUCAAGAUUCCGUCCUGCAUCAUCCCUAUCAGCAAGGAAUUUUGAACGUGGGUUUGGGUUGUACUUUAAUGCGUCGAGAAUCUGAAUUAUCGGCAUGUUUAUCGAACAAACUGUUGCAACAGUCGGCAUGGAAAGAAUUGCAAGCCAAAUUAUUUGAAGAACCGCCCAGUCUUCCGGGUACUGCUUUUGGUGGACCUUCUCUAUCAAUAGUGGAUGGAAGAUCCGCUGCGAUUCGAUUAUCACCUCAAGAAACCAAAGGAUUGACCGGUUCUCAUCCUUGGUUUGAAAAACAAAACGUGCCGGUCAUUUUGGAAGGAUGCACCGAGACUUGGAAGGCCAUGGAGACCUGUACUUGGCAGAAUUUACUCAAGGAAUAUGGGGACUAUCAAUGGCGCUUUUCGGAUACUCAUGGAGCUUGCAUGUCGCUGGAAACUUAUACCAAAUACACAAAGUCUAUGGAAGGAUUGACUGAUGAUGCCCCCUUGGCCGUCUACGAUUCGCAAUUGCAUUUGGACGAACGGGUUCAGUUACUAAACGACUAUGAAGUCCCUCCCUGUUUUGAUGGAAUGGAUUUGUUUCAAGAUGUCAUGUUGGUGGAGCAAGGGGGGGAGACUAAUGAUGAUGAUAAUGAAUCUGGCGAAACGAACCACUAUCAUCAGCAACCACAAGAGACUGAAAAUAAUAAUGACGAUGAUGCCGAUAGCGACAAUGACUCAUCUGCAGACAAUUGCAGCACCUCCAGUUUGGAAGGUCCGAGUCCUCCACCCUAUCGGUGGAUCCUAAUGGGACCCGCACGAUCAGGAACUGGCUUGCACGUCGACCCCCUUGGUACACAUGCGUGGGUGACUGUCGUGGAAGGUUGCAAACGAUGGGUUCUCUUUCCAGCUGAUACAAACCAAGCUUCCAUCGGCAUGCAAGAUCCUCAAAUUCCAUCGAGCAUUUGGUUUGCGCAAUGGUACCCUCGUCUUCAAAAAGAAUUUCAAACAACCUAUAAGGGUGCCAUUGAGGUUUUGCAACGACCGGGAGAUACAGUCUAUGUGCCAGCUGGAUGGCCACAUCUGGUCUUGAACUUGGAAGAUACUGUCGCCAUUACCCACAAUUAUGCAUCGGAAUAUCCCCGCUUGUCACUCUUACAAGAAGCAGUCCAAGAAGCCGAACCGGAAUUGUAUCAAGCGUGGUGGCCCAAGUUGCAGGCGAGUCGACCGGAUUUGUUUGUAGAGAAGGAACCGAAUGCAACCGAGGUUGGCAAUGAUAUUUGCGGGGUACAGGAGGAAAAGAAGGAAGAUUAA